AGCAGCAGCCCCAGCAGCAGCAGCAGCGGCGGCCAUUUUGUGGCGCUGCUCAGUCGGCGUCUCUGCGCGCGCGUGCGUCUCUCUCUCUCUCUCUCGGAGGGAAAAGGCUCCGCUCCUUCGGCCGCGCGGAUCCCGCUUCCCUUCCCGCCACCGCCUCCCUCGGGGACUAAAAGAGGCGGCUUAUAACAAAAUGAGAAAGCAUCCACCAAACAGAAGAGGUAUCAGCUUUGAAGUGGGAGCCCAGUUGGAAGCCCGAGACAGAUUAAAAAACUGGUAUCCAGCUCACAUUGAAGAAAUUGAUUAUGAGGAAGGAAAAGUGCUUAUCCAUUUUAAACGCUGGAAUCAUCGUUAUGAUGAAUGGUUUUGUUGGGAUAGUCCUUAUUUACGUCCAUUAGAAAAAAUACAAUUAAGGAAAGAAGGAUUACAUGAAGAAGAAGGAUCUUCUGGAUUUCGUAUAAAUGAUCAAGUAUUGGCUUGCUGGUCUGAUUGUCGUUUUUAUCCUGCCAAAGUUACUUCUGUUAACAAGGAUGGUACAUAUACUGUGAAAUUUUAUGAUGGUGUAAUUCAGACAGUCAAGAAUAUACAUGUCAAAGCUUUUUCCAAAGAUCAGCCUAUUGUGAAUAAUCCAAGACCAAAGGAGAGAGGUAAUGAAAUCCCUUCAUCUCCUGAAAGAUGGGAAAAGUUUAAAGAACAGAGGAAAGCAACUGAAAAUAAUAAGAAAGACAAGGAUGAAAAGACGUUAAAGACCGAACGAAGGUCUAAACCUGAUAAAGAAGGAAAGCUAAUAGUACCUUUAGAAAAAAACAAGGUAUCUGAAAAGGCUUUACCUAAGGAUGGGAAAGAAGACAAAGAGAACAUUUCUGAAAAUGAUAGGGAAUUCUCAAUAGACACCCAGAUUGAGAAGAAACCUGAAAAUGAUAAUGUGAAGACUCCUCCAGAAAACCUCAAAGAAACCAAAAGACGACGUGGUAGACCGCCUGUGGUGCCUCCAGCAGAUCAGGGUUCUCAAACGUUACAGCCAAUAACGUUAGAACUGAGAAGGCGGAAAAUACCCAAAGGAGGAGAGCUCCCUUCAAAACGUCCACGGCUCCAGAAAAACAUGUCACAAGAAAAGUUAAAAAAUGUUCCAGAGAAUGAAAAAGAUUCCAUAAAGAGACGAUCAAGUAAUUCUACAAGUAGUAGUCAUGAGCCUAUAGAUACAGAUGUUGUUACACCACUACUAGAUGAAAUUGGACCUUUAAAAGAGCCAGAAUCUACCUCCAAAGGAGUGGAUGAAGGUCCAUUAGAGGUAUCAGUUGAAUCUGACUUAAAGAUCAAGGAAGAGUUGCCUCCAUGUCCAGAAGAAGCAUCUCAGACUUUAGCUGAUAAUAGCAAAGUAAAGGAAGAGAACAUAGCAGAAUUGUCCUCUACACCUGAACUACAAGAGAUUCCAGAGACAUCUAUUCCAGUCACCAGUGCUUCUAAGGGAAAUGAUGGUUUUACUACUUCAAAAUCUGCAGUUGAACAUGAACCCAAGUUUAAAUGUAAAUUCUUAGACUGUUCUAAAUCCUUUCGGAAAGCCAAACUGUUGCAUUAUCACAUGAAAUAUUUUCAUGGGAUUGAGAAGUCACCAGAACCACAACAAAGUCCAGCAACAAGAAGUAUUCAGACAAGAGGUUCCCUGGCUUCUGAAAAAGCUAAUCAAGAUAAUUCUAACAGAAGGAGAACAACAUCUGGUAAUUUGUCUGCUAAAGAAAAAGAGAAGAACAAAGAGAAGAAAGUGAGAGACAUGGUGAAAACAAAAUCAAAGAAGAAAAAGAAGAAGAAAAAGAAAACUAAAUCAGACCAUUCGGGGAGUGAAGAAAAUGUUGAAUCUUCUCAAGACGUUUCUUCUCCAAGAUCUGUUAUUGCAACAAGAUGCAGUUCAACAAGUCGAUCAUGUGCACACUUGAGUACUCAGUUACAUGGAAUUGAUUCUGGACAUCGUAAACACAAAUCAAAAAUAAAUGAGGAGGAUACCUUAAGUGAAUCAUCUGCAGAUAGUUUGCUUUGGAGUGAUGAUGACUGCAGUCGGGACGUUGAUGUAACAACUAAUCCUGAUGAGAAUCUUGAAGAUGAUGAUGAUCAUGACUUUGAGAUUGUCCGCUGCAUUUGUGAAGUAGAAGAAGAAAAUGACUUUAUGAUUCAGUGUGAAGAUUGUCUCUGUUGGCAGCAUGGAGUUUGUAUGGGUUUAUUAGAAGAGAAUGUACCUGAGAAAUAUACCUGCUAUAUUUGUCAAGAUCCUCCAGGUAUAAAGAUUUCUAAAGUUGCAGAAUCUUCUAAUAGUAAGCGGGCAAGCUUGAAGUACUGGUAUGAAAAGGACUGGUUGUGUAGCGGCCACAUGCAUGGCUUAACGUUUUUGGGAGAAAACUAUUCCCACCAGAAUGCUAAGAAAAUAGUAGCUACACACCAACUUCUUGGCGAUGUGCAAAAAGUGAUAGAAGUAUUACAUGGUCUUCAACUGAAAAUGAGCAUUUUACAGAGCAAAGAACAUCCUGACUUGAAGCUCUGGUGUCAGCCUUGGAAACACCUUGAUGUAGAUGAGAAAUCUCAUACUAUGCACCUCAUUCACGUUGAAGAAAACUGUUACAAAGAAGAGACUGCAAGUUACAGAACUUUUAAUGGAACCAUUGAGAAACCUUCAACCAUUCCUUCUGUAGAGGAAUCUUAUAUUACUAGUGAACAUUGUUACCAAAAACCUCGGGCCUACUAUCCUGCAAUAGAACAAAGACUUGUUGUAGAAACCAGAAAUUCAGACAUUGAUGACAGUGUCAAUAGGAUAAGAGAGAAUGGAGAUGAUACAAUAGUGGAGAGAUUAGGAUGGGAGCUGAAUAGAGAAAUAUGCAAGUUGGAAAAUGAGUCAAAACAUAACUACUCUAAGGUGAGAGAAAAAGUUACAGCUGAAGAAGACAGUGAAGUGAAACUGUUGGAGAAAGACAAGGAGGGUGUUGUUAAUUCCCAGCUGCAGUGGCAACUUAAUCUUUUAGCCCAUGUUGAAUCUCUGCAAGAUGAAGUUACUCAUAGGAUGGAUUUAAUUGAAAAGGAACUAGAUGAUUGACUGCAGUUGUCUUUGUUUCACAUCUGGAUGGCCUUUAACUAUAAUGUGUCUACAAUUGUUUGCUUAACUUCCUUUAAAUUCCAAUACGGUUCUUUUGAUACCUGACACAACCUUUUGUUUUAUUCAGUGCAGAAGGUCUAUGUAUAUACUCAAGAUACAUGUUCAAUAAAUCACUAUCCUGCCUAAUCGGAAUAUUUUCUUGCAAGUAAAUCUGUGUAUCUUGUAUCUUUGGGGGGUGUCUUUGUGACUCACAUAUAUGGGUUUUUUGUGCAUGUGCAGAACUGUCCAAAAACAUCUAGAGCAAAGUAUUUUAAAUGAGGGAAGAGUUCCCGCCCAGCGUGCAUGUCUAGACUCCUACUCUUCCCUUUCUGUCUGCUGCAACUAUACAUUAUACUUGUCUCCCCUUUUCCAGAAACUGACAGGCUGCUCAGUUUACUUCACCGGACAGUCCUUUUUUCAUUUUCUUUUGUCUUUUUAGUACUUCUCUACACCUUUCUCGUCAUACUUGUUUCCAGCUUUUUUUUUUUUAAUCAAUACUGUUUUUUGCCUUUACCAUGAGCCUUAGACUCAUGGCCUCAUGAAAUUCCUUCAAAAAAGGUUGGCCGUGCAAGUAAAAUCUCAGUGUGCUGGGGCCAGUCUGUGUUGGCUCUUCCUGCCUUUUUUGCUUGGGAGAAGAAUGAAACAGGCAUGGUCCACCCCCCCCUUCCCCUGCACUCCCCUGGUCUCUUUAGAGUGAGAGAUUCUUAUUAUUUACCAGCUGAUAUCGAUUCUGUCUGGGAUUAUAUUAUCACCAUCUGGCCACCUGAGUGCUCAAUAGUGGUUAAAACCUGAUAGGCAGAGUUAACUUCAAACACUCCAGUUAAGCAUUCUUAAGUACUGGAAUUUCAGGAUUCCAGUAUAUGAAAUAAUGAGCAGGUUCUUUGGUAAUCUUUAAGCAUUCAUAGAUAUACAAAUAUACACUGUACGAAUGUGGGAGGAAUGCAGACAUGCCAAUGUCUGGACACAUGCUUUCAUUGCAUUACAUUACAUGUAAGUCAUCAAAGAUUCAAUACAUUACAUCAUAUGGCCAUUAAGAAGUUUAAUUAUAUCAGUUAGGAGGUUAUUCUCAGUCACAUCUCAUAGUGCUUUUCGGAGCACUCAUGUUAUUCCUUCUUAGUUUCAUUCUUAUAUGUGUUUUGCUCAGACUUAAGGUACCACUAGGUUCACAAUAAUGUAUACAUUCACACAUCUAGCCUUCUGUCUUGUAUCUUACACCGUAUGUGCUGUAUUUUAUUGGUUACACUCUGUACUUCCUAGAUUUAUGCCCACACUGCAGAGUUGGCAACUGAAUGGGCCUGGCCUGUAAUAAGCCAUCAAAAAGUGCCACCAUUAUCAGAAUUUUACUAGGUGAAUGAUCUAAGAUAGAAUUUACCCUCUCAGUGUUUUGAACUAGAGAAUCUCCUAAAAGCAGCAAAAUAAUUGACUUAAUCAGCAUCUCUGCCACCCCAUACACUGGUGGGAACAUGUUCUUGUCUAAUGCCAUUGUGACUCAAUUUUAGUCAGUAUAACCUUCAACUUUGUCUGCAUCAGUUGUGACCUCUCCAAUGUGCAGAGCCCUGAGCAUUGACUUCAGACCAGGCCAAAUUGUGUCAGGAUCAAGAAAAAGAUGUCUAAUGCGCUUUACAGACCGCCCAGAAGGGGCAGUCUUGCGC